UAAGUCAAAAUUCGGCGGUGAAUUGUGUCGCCUCUAGCCAAUUUUUGCUCUAGCGCGCAAUUUAGCGCUUAAUAUCAAAAAUAAACUUUCAAUUUCAGAUGGCUAGAAUGACAGGAAGUUAUAUUUUUCUCACUUUUUUAGUUAAAACUUGGUGCUGUCUUUCGAACUUUUGAGCAUAGCUUUUGAGAGCUCUUUUGAAAAAGCGCCGGAGGCGCCCCAAGCGUUCAGCGUGUGAACCGAGUCAGGACGCGAGCAACGCGAGUGGACAGAGUCAGAGUGCCGAGUCAUUUUGACUGCACGAAGAUCUUCACAUCAUGGACCGCUUGCUGAGAUUAGGAGGCGGUUUGACGGGCCUUGGACAGGCUCCUCCAGCAAGCGACGGACCGGUCGUCGACACGGCGGAGCAGGUCUACAUUUCGUCGCUCGCACUUCUCAAGAUGCUGAAGCACGGGCGUGCGGGCGUGCCCAUGGAGGUGAUGGGGCUCAUGCUGGGGGAGUUUGUGGACGACUACACCGUGCGGGUCAUAGACGUCUUCGCCAUGCCCCAGUCUGGAACGGGUGUGAGCGUGGAGGCAGUGGACCCAGUCUUCCAAGCCAAGAUGCUGGACAUGCUCAAGCAGACGGGCAGGCCCGAGAUGGUGGUGGGCUGGUACCACUCGCACCCAGGGUUCGGCUGCUGGCUCUCGGGAGUGGACAUCAACACCCAGCAGAGCUUCGAGGCCCUCUCGGAGCGGGCCGUGGCUGUGGUCGUGGACCCCAUACAGAGCGUCAAGGGCAAGGUGGUGAUCGACGCCUUCCGGCUGAUCAACCCCAACAUGAUGGUGCUGGGUCAGGAGCCCCGGCAGACCACCUCUAACCUGGGACACCUCACCAAGCCAUCUAUACAGGCCCUGAUCCACGGCCUGAAUCGCCACUACUACUCCAUCUCCAUCAACUACCGCAAGAAUGAGCUCGAGCAGAAGAUGCUGCUGAACUUGCACAAGAAGAGCUGGACGGACGGCCUGACCCUGCAGGACUACGACGAGCACUGCAAGGUCAACGAGGCCACGGUCACCGAGAUGCUCGACUUGGCCAAGGCGUACAACAAGUCUUUGGAGGAAGAAGACAAGAUGACCCCGGAACAGUUGGCCAUUAAGAACGUUGGAAAACAGGACCCCAAGCGCCAUCUGGAAGAGAGGGUGGAUGUCCUCAUGACCUCCAACAUCGUCCAGUGCCUCGGAGCGAUGCUGGACACCGUGGUGUUCAAGUGAAGAUCCCCAAACUAUUUAAUUUUGCCAAUCCAGGACGAUGGGAAGAUGGGGGGAGUGCCCACCCUCUUCAGCUGUACGGGAGUUUUUAUUAAAACAUUUAAAAACUCUGGGAGACACACAA